CUUUUGCCAGCCAAACUAUAUAGAAGAUACUGCAUCCUCUUGAUGCUCUUGUGAUUGCAGGCGCAAUGGAGAUGAGCUUUAAAGGACAUCGAGCUGUAGUGACUGGCGCUGGGAAGGGGAUAGGCCGUGAAACGGUGAAGGCUCUGUGGGCAUUAGGAGCUGAAGUGGUCGCGCUGAGCCGUACAGCAGAGGACCUGGACAGCCUGGCACAAGAGUGCCCUGGUGUGCAGACUGAGUGUGUGGACCUGGUGGACUGGCCUGCAACAGAAGCUGCCCUGAGAUCAAUUGGACCUGUGGACCUUUUAGUGAACAAUGCUGGAAUUGUAGAAGAGCAGUCCUUUCUUGAGAUGACACAAGAUUUAUUUGACAGGCAUAUUGCUGUUAAUACAAGGGCAAUAAUCCCGGUAUCACAGAUUGUGGCCCGUCAGAUCAUUGCACGUGGAGGGUCCGGUUCAAUCGUCAAUGUGUCCAGCCAAGCAUCUCAAUCAUCACUUAAGAAUUUAGGCGCCUACUGUGCCAGUAAAGCAGCAAUGGACAUGCUAACUAAAGUUAUGGCGCUUGAACUGGGACCCCAAAAGAUCCGUGUUAACUCUGUCAACCCCACACUGGUGAUGACUAGAAUGGGACAGGAACUCUUUAGUGACCCUGAGAAGGUUACUGCAUUUAUAAGUCGUAUUGUUUUGGGGCGCUUAGCAGAGGUUAAUGAUGUCACUAAUUCCAUUCUGUUCCUGCUCAGUGACAAGAGCGCCAUGAUCACCGGAUCCCACCUUAACGUGGAUGGAGGCUACUUACUCUCAUAGGCUCCAGACAGAAAAGACAUUGUGUGUUCAGAGCAUUGUACUGAUUGAUGCGUGUCAUUCUUUGUAGUUAGGCUCUGUUUACAUCCACGUUGCCAGUUUUUAUUGUACC